AUGUCGGACGCCUUCAUUUCGCCACAGGCACUGAAGCUCCUCUUGGAUUCAAAGGUGGAGUCGCGGCAAAAAGGGGCUCGGGAUGUGGCGGCAAAGACUGCUGCCGUUUUUGAAAAAUACCCCUCCGCAGAGGCGUAUGACAUUGUCACGCGGGAGCUGCGCGAGGCGGAAGUGAGUCUUCUCAGCGUUGCCGCGGCGACGUAUCGCAGAGGCGGCCUUGGCGCCGUGCGGGCCAUUGUGGGGUCCCUGCCAGAGCGAACGCAUCCGCGCGAGGUGGUGUCGCUGCUUUCAUCCAUGGUUUUUGAGAGCGUGACGGACGUUGACGCAGCAGUGCGACUGGCGGCCCUUGAGGCGGCGCAUGCGCUUGUCCGCCAACUCCAGUCCCAGUUGCUGGAGGUGUGCUUCAUGCAGGUGUUUUGGGGGCUGGCCUCUUGCGUCAACGACCAUGACGGGCGCGUGGCGCUGCUGGCCGGGGAGGUGUCGUUGUCGCUGCGCGAGGUCAUUACGGGCAACGAGUCGUUCAAGCUGCAAACCGACCUCUUCGUCGCGUUCGUCACGGAGGUGCUGGCACCGUACAGCAGCGCAACAAGCAAGGAGCAGGCGCUUGACCUACCUCUUCUGAAUUGGUGCUUCGCGUGGAUUAGUCACGUGCUUGACCUCCCCGGUGAUGAACUGAUCCUCCUUCUUUGGAGGUUUCUGAAGCCGCUGUUGAUAAUUUCCGGCAGGUGCGGGGGAGGGGAGGUGACGCGGCUUCUACAAAAGUGUCUUCGCGACACACGGGAGGCCUUUUCGCGGCACAUGAAGGUCCAACUGGAUAGCUUGCUCUCGAUUGCUGCCGAAUGCGUGGAGGAGGCGCAGGUGGCGCUGACGCGGAAAAACGCAUUAGAAUGGAUGUUCGAGUUGCUGAACUUUGGCACAGACGAGCUGGUCCAUCUUAUUCACAGGGCCGUCGCGGCCUCCUUGUCGCAGUUGGGCUCCAAAGACCUUGAAACGCGACUGGCGGCCCAAAAUGUCAACCACAGGCUCAUGCAGAUUGUUGCCUUGAGGCAGGUUGGGACGAGGGAUGUCCCGUACGACGCGGUGUUGAGGGGUGUGACCUCACAACUCACUGGUCGAGGGAAUGAGGAGUCGCGGGUGGCCGCUCUGGAGUGGAUCGCGCUCGUGCUUCACAAGGAUGCGGCUGUCGUGGAAAGUGGUUUUAGUGAGACAUUUGAAACUGUUCUGGUUCUACUGUGUGACCAGUCGGCUCACGUGGUUCACAAGGCGAUCGAGACUCUCUGCCUCAUCUCCGGUGAGCACAAAUUUGACCACUUUAUUUCGCGGCUUGUGGACCUCUUUCACGCCAAGGCCGACGUGCUGCUGCCAAAGGCACCGACAAUCAUCAAGCAACUGCAGCUGCGAUACCAGGGUGAGGACCUGAGCCAGUGUGAGAAGUUGUGCCUGAAACUUUCAGCGGUGCUUUCGGUGCAUGAGGACAAGCGCUUUUUGGAGAAGGUUGUCAUCACGCUGAGUACGAUGGUGUUGACAUCGAGAGAGUUUCUCCCUCUGCGUGAGAUACUGAAUCGUGGGGUGGGGGAUGAGCGGGCUCGCACAACCCUUGUUGGGAUGUAUCCGUGUUGGCGGUACAACACUGUGGCGGCUCUUUCCCUUUGCCUGCUUUCGCGCGCGUACGAGCACGCCUUCCAGCUGAUUCAGUUUAUGGGCAGCCUGGAGAUGUCUGCGGCAGCACUUCUGCAGCUGGAACGGCUUGUGCGCCUCAUAGAGUCUCCCAUAUUUGCCUACAUUCGGAUCUCGUUGAUGGAGCCCUCAAGGUGUUUGCCGCUUGUUCGGACCCUCUUCUCUAUGCAGCUCAUCCUACCGCAGGGAUCCCCGCAGCAGUCCCUGCUCUAUCGUCGACUGAAGGUAAUUCCAAGCCUCGUCACACUUGAGCGCGAGUCGCAGGCACGUGAGGCGAGCAAAGAGGAAAGCCCCAUUGACUGGAACCGACUGCUGCAGCUGAGCAAGGAGGCGCAGCGGUGCGUCUCUGACUUUGAGCGACGGCUUGCCCUCCAGCGGUUGGGGGAUACGGGCUUGCCGUGA